AUGCUCAUGGUCGCCGUGGCCGAGUUCGACAAGGACCCCAAGGUGACGGCGGACAUGGUCAAUAUCGGAACACAAGUGGAGUAUACAGGCAAGGAGGGCAGGUCGGCGGGGAAGACGACGACGGUGGUGACUGACGCGGAGGCCCUGUGGGCCAUGCUCUACGCUGACGACGCGGCCAUCGUCUCGCGCUCGCCGGAGAGUCUCGAGAAGAUGAUGUCGGUCAUCGUGCGCGUGGCCGGCCUGUUCGGACUGAUGGUAUCGGAGCCAAAGACGGAGAUCAUGUGCAUGCUGCCGAACGGGAUCGAGGAACGCCCGUUCACGGUCAGCGCCGCCGGCCAGUCGUACAAGCAGACAGAUCGGUUUGUGUACCUCGGACGUGCCAUCUCCGCGGACGGGAAGGCCGACCGGGAGAUCACGAGCCGCAGCUGCCGAGCGUGGAAGUGCUUCCGCCGGAAUAGUGCUUCGAUGUACGACAGGCCACGGGCCAACCGCCCGCUCAAGAUCCGGCUACUCCAGGCUGAAGUGGUGGAGACUCUCCUGUAUGGGUGCGCCUCGUGGAGCCUAACAGCGGAGCACUACACGAAGCUCAAUGGGACCCACCGCCAGUUCCUCACACGGUGCAUCGGCUGGAGCAAGCGGAAACGCUCCGACCGCCCCCUGUCCUAUGCCCAGGCCCUCAUCCAGGCAGGCUGCGAGGAAACCAUCGAGGCCACCGUGCGCAAACGGAGACUGUGUUUCGCGGGCUUUGUCAUGCGCAUGAAGGACAGCCGCCUCCCCAAGCGCAUGCUGUUAGGAGCGAUGGCGGGGGGCGUGGGAUACCGGGGCAGGCAGGAGAGCGACUGGGUGUCUCGUCUAGGAGAGGACCUCGUGGCCUUCAACAUGAGAGACGAAAAGCAAGGGGGUAAAUGGAGAGAGAGCGCCAAGGACCCGCAGGUGUGGUACAACAAGGUCGAGUACGGAGCGUCAUGGUUCAUGAGGAAAUGGCACAGGCAGGAGGCGGAAGCGUCAGCGAAGCGCCAGCGCGCGAGGGAAGCAGAAGCAGGGAGUGAGUACGGCCAUCUCAGGACCGAAGAGAAAGAGGGCCAGGGAAGCGGCGGUGGGGGGGAAGAAACGGCGACCGGGCACUGCUGUAGAAGCGAGUAGGGCGGUCGAGGCAGCACUUGUGGCGAACUAUGUACCCGGCUGAUGUUGUUGUCCUCUGUUUCCUUCCCUGCUGUAUGCUAUACUCCGUUAUGUAUGUCCUUUGUAUUGCCUUCGNACGAGAGCGCCAAGGAUCCGCAGGUGUGGAGGCGNCAUAACGUCCCUGCCUACUCUGCUGUGUUGGGUACCUUGAUCUCGCUUUGCUGUUGCCUUUGUUUUUGUACGUCUGGCUGUCUGCCCAUCUGCCGCCUCUUUGUCCUGUUUGCUCCGUUACUCUCAUGCCGUGGUGCGUAGUGCCUGGUGCUGGUACGUUACCCUUUGAUUUUUUCUUCAGGCGGGUGUGGGAAGCGUCCUCCUUUAUUUUUGUUUUUGUUUUAUUUUGAUCGGUUUCCGAGUGCUCUUUUCUCGAACGGUCGGUGCGGUACCUGUUAUUUUCUUUCUAUCAUUUUGUUUUU